AGAUCCACGAUAAGAUCUAUACUAGACAAGAGGACAGGAUCUUCAUCAAACAGUACAUAGCCUCGUCUAGUUUGUGUUAGUUCGAUCAACUCGACGGAUUGUUUAAUUUUUUUUCCAAUACUUCGUUGUCUAUAUUAGAAGCAUAUCACUCCCCCAACUCGCUUUUUAAUUUAUUAUAUUUUAUUUCUUAUAAGUAUAAUGAACUGUUUGGUAAAUUCACCCGGUCCAUCCGGUAAACCAGUGGUCACUAUUACGGCUAGUGCAGCAGCGAGCGUAACAGCCGCAGCUAAGGCGGCGAUGAAUAACGCAUUAAAAGACAACGAGCAAAUUAAUGACGCUGUGAGCAAAGUUUUGGGUGGAUACGAUUGGACUCUAGUGCCGGUUCCUGCCAAACCACCUACAGAGAAGAAAAAUUAUCAUGUAAAGAGACCAAUGAAUGCUUUUAUGGUGUGGGCUCAAGCUGCACGCCGUAAACUUGCCGAUCAGUAUCCACAGCUGCAUAACGCCGAGCUCAGUAAAACGCUAGGGAAAUUAUGGAGACUAACGAGUGGAGAUGAUAAACAACCGUUCAUUGAAGAGGCUGAAAAACUGCGAGUGCUUCAUAAGAACAGAUAUCCUGAUUAUAAAUAUCAACCACGUCGACGCAAGGUAGCUAAAGGAAUAUCCAAGAUACAGGACAAAACAAAGCAUGUUAAAUCUGAACCGAACGAUUCUCAGUAUCAACAACAUUUAAAACAUGACGUGUCAAAGGAUUGUAACAGCACCACUAGUAAUCGUCCGAUUAAACAAGAAAUGAUUCCUGCUAGCUCAUCAUCGACUAGUAGUAGUAGUCCAUCCGGUUCACCACCAGAACCACUGACUCCUCCUACUACUCCAAACUAUUAUCCAGCCAAACCCAAAAACGGUUAUUGCAACACUGCGCAUACUAUUUGUUAUGGUGAAUCGGGCGAAUCUGCGAUAGAUUACAGUCUAGAAUUUGGUCGUAUGGACGAUCUACCGGCGGUGGAGAGUAUCGGAGCUGACAUGGUGGACAGUUCGGAACUGGAUCAGUACCUAACGAUGGGCAACCAAUACCCGUCCACAUCGAGCAGUUGUGUUGACCCUGCAGAACAAUAUUAUUAUCACGCCAGGUAUCACGAAAUGCAACCGAAUACGGCUAAGCAACAUUUUUCGGUUCAUCAAACGUCUUACCAGCCGUCUUAUCAGUACGUCGUCAACAACUGCUACAAUAACUAACUUCAAUAUUUAUAACAUAAUAUAUAUAUAUUAUAUUUAGUAUUUAUUUUAAUAUGCAGGUACUAUUAUAUUAUUAUGUGUAUUUUUUCUCAGGUAUACUCAAAGAAUAUUUUUUAGAUGUUAGUCGGUAAAAAUUGUAAACGUUAUACAUAUAUUAUAUUAUAGUCACCAUAUAGUGCAUGACGUAUAUUAUCUUCCUGUAUCCAUAAUAACCGAUUAUUGGUAUGACUGAUAUUAUAAUAAUGAGAAAUAAUUUUUUAAGCGGCUAAAAAAAAAAAAAUAAUAAUAUUAAUUAUAAAAACAAUAUUUUUAUCAAUAUCAAAUAUGCGUGUAAGUAUAUAUAUAUAUAUAUAUAGUAUAUAUAUAUACUUACCUAACAACGUUAUAUUUUAUUAUCUACUUGAUUGUAAUAUAUACGAGUAAGUUGCGACUAAAACGUUUGUAUUCAAAUAGAAUUUUAAAUAUUAGGUAAUUAAAAUAUUUGUAUCAAGUUAUUUUUAUAUUUUAUUUUCAUCAAAAAUUAAAUAUCACCGACGUUCACACGGACAAUUUCGAUAAUCUCAUUAGUUCCAAUAAUGGGUCUCCUACGCACUAAAUAUUUAGAUAAGGGCGAAGUCUUGAAAUUAUUCAAGGGCUGUGGGAGUUUUUAUGUAUGAGAACAUUUUUUAUAUACAAUGAUCAUUAACUACAUAUUAACUAUAUCAUACAUGAGUUUCACUGUUGUCUAAUGAUAACAUGCAUGCUUAUAAAUUAUAAUAUUAUUCAUUGCUUUUAAUAAACUAUUAAUUAUUUUUCACAUUGAUAAAAAUGAUUAUUUUUGUAUAAUUUUAUUUAGUUUGAUUUUUAUGGGAAUUAAAAAAAAUAAUACCAUUAAUUUAUCAACAUUAUAAAAAUUUAAUAUUUAAUAUUAUUAUAUUACAUGUAUAUGAAAUGUAUGAAAAAUAUUAAUAUAUAUUGUAUAUAGUGCAGCGGUUCUCAGCCUUAAUGUAAUACCUACACGUCAUUUUAAAAAUGUGCACGUAUCACUUGAGUACCACUAAGUAUAUAAUGCUUAAUUUAUAUUAUAAAUAUUAAUAAUAAUUCUAAUUUUUUUUCUUAAAGUCAUGAACCAUUUAUAAGCUUUUUUGCGUAGUGCGUACUACCGGUUAAGAGACGUUGGUAUAUAUAUAUUAUAUAUAUAUACAUAUUAUAGGCACGGUAAACAUUAACUAUCAACACUAGACGUAUAUUAUGAAACUUUAAAAGUUAUGUUUGAAAAUUACUCUAGAAGAAAAAUAAUUUAAACAAUAUGUAUAAAAAAUGAAAUGCUAUUAGGAAACCUGGUAACAAAUUUGUAAACAUUAUUUUUAUUAUUACUUAUUGCCUAUGUACAACAAAUAUAAAUUUAAAUGCGUGGUUUAUUUAUUAUAUUUUAAUGAUUGUUAGUUAUGAUAUGAUUUUUAUUUAAAAACUGCAGAAUUUUGCGUCAUUCGGUGACCCAUUUAUAGAUUUCAAGCCCAUUUCAAUAUACAACUCAUAUCUUUUUCAGUAAAGAUAAUAAUUAUUAUAUUAUAAAGGGAUAAGCUAAACAUUACUAAUUAAUUACAACCACUAAUUCGAAUUUCUAUCAGACUUCUUGACUUGCUAAUAAUCCCAAAUUCCUCUUGUAUAAUACAUAAUAUUCAAAUAAAUAGCUUGUUAUAUGCAUUAAUAUAUUAGCAAAAACACGACCCAUAAUUUUUUUUAUUCGUAAAUAUUCGUGUUUAUUACGAAUUCCUGUGUAUGGUGGAUCUUAAAUUCUUGAGUUGGCACUUAAAUUUACAAUAAAUACUUUUAUUAAUUUUACAAUGUAUAUUUUAAUUUCAUGUAUUAGUUUAUAGUUUAUUAAUAUUUUAAGUUAAUAUACAUUACUUUUGACAUAGCUAUUAAGAUUAUUAUUAUUAUUACAUAUUUAAUUUAUUUAAUACGCUUAUAAAAUAAUACAUUUAUUAUAUAUAUUUAAAUUUAUAUAUUUUUUUAAGAUAACACUUAAACAUUU